AUGUACAAAAGUGAUUUCAAUACGAAACCAAUUGAUGCGUGAAUGUAAUCAUUUUACUUGUUAAAAUUGCUAUGGCCUCUUUAAGCUCAAUUAUUUUUGGAAGAAACUACUUGACAAAUAGUGUUUUACUCUUCCUUUGCGUUUUGGCUUUUAUCUAUGUUGUGCUUAUGAGAAAACCAUCAUUGAACAAUAGCCCUUUUGACGAUAUAACCAAUUUCGAAGCAGAGAUUGAAAAUCCUAAACAUGCUCGAGUUGUUGCCUAUAAACACAGAAAUAGAAUUGAAGAUAAGAAAUUAACAGAAACUACUUCUAUAGAUGAGUCAGUGGCUCCUCCAAUAGCUGAGAAGAAGAAUGUUGAACACUACAGAGAAAUUUGGCUGUGGGCAGAUGCUAAGAUCACUAGAGAUGAUUUAAUACCAGGAGAUGAAGCGGGUGUUGAUGUUGUUCUCAAUGCUUUGGCAACCGCUCCUAUUACGCACGUUGGAUUGUUAGAUAUCGGUAGUUAUGAAAGUGGUACUUCUCAGAAAUGGAUUAUAUUCUUAGAAGGCGGUCAACAAGCUAUGAUGAAGCUUGUUUGGCAACCAGAAGAGAAAGGUUUCGAAAAAAGAGAUGGUGCUUGCAACUUUGGCUUCGAAUCACCGACAAGCGAAAUAGCAGCUUUUCACUUACAUAGAAUACUAGAUUUUCAUAAUACUCCCUAUGUUACUGGAAGAAAAGUAAAAUUGUCGGAUAUUCAAGCUGUCUCCUCGCCCCAAGUCAACAAACAAUUCGUUCGAAAAGGUGAAAAAUUAUGCGUUGUCGGAGGAUGUUACUAUUGUAAGGGUGAAACGACGCUUUGUCCAUCAGAUGGUAUCGUAGAAGUAUCUAUAGCCUAUUGGGUACACAGGCAUUUAAAAUUAUAUACUUUUCCACCAAAGUAUAUGCCUUUUUCAACACCAAGAAGAGAUGAGUGGUCAAAAUAUGGCUUUAAUAAUGAUACAUAUUGCAAAGAAGUCAGAAAAAUACCUCCAUAUAGUUCCGAUUGGUAUUAUCACGACCUUUUUGAUUUUAGUUUGGUCGACACAAUAAUGCAUCAUUACGAUAGCAAACACUACGUUAUUCAUGACCAUUCUAAAGCUCAUGGUUUAACCGUAAGAUUGGAUCAUGGAAGAACUUUUUGUUCUUUAUCUUUAGACGAAUACGAUGUAUUUUUAGUACCAAUAACACAAUGUUGUAAAAUUCGUAAGAAAACUUGGAAAACUAUUGAAAAUUUUGAAGAAGGAGAUAUAUCUAAUAGGUUGAAGCAAUCACUUAAAACUGAUCCAAUUGCUCCAAUUCUUUUGGAUGCAUGGUAUCCAGUUAUAGAAAGAAGAUUAAAGAAAAUUAAAGAAGUAAUAACAAAAUGUGCAGAUGCCAAUGGUUGGGAUAACGUUUUAGUAACUGCAUAA